AUGUCCGCUCUUGCAGACGACAAGCACGCUUCCUCCGAGAGCAUCAAGGAUGUCGAUGCUGAAAAGCAACACAUCACUGCCGCUGAGGCAGAGGCUCUCGAGGCUGCCGCCCUUCCCGAGUUUGACGACCCCAACCUCGACAAAGAUGCCGCCAUCGCUGGUAUUUUAGAGGACGACUCCCCAUAUCCCGAGGUCCGAUCUGCCGUCGCCAACACCGAUGACCCAACUAUCCCCGUCGCUACCCUCCGUGCUUGGGUUCUCGGUCUCAUUUGGGCCAUCAUCAUCCCUGGCCUCAACCAGUUCUUCUUCUUCCGUUAUCCUGCGGUCACUGUUACAAGCAUCGUCGCCCAGCUGCUCACCUUCCCUCUCGGUCGUGCAUGGGCUCGUGUGCUGCCUAACAUCUCGAUCUUCGGUGUUCAACUCAACCCUGGUCCAUUCACCAUCAAGGAGCACGUUAUAAUCACUAUCAUGGCUGGUGUCGGCGCUGGUUCCGCCUACGCUACCGAUAUUGUCGCCGUCCAGAGGGUUUACUACGACCAAACCUUCAACUUUGGCUACCAAUGGAUGAUCGUCAUGUCCACGCAGCUAAUUGGUUUCUCUAUCGGUGGUAUUGCGCGUCGUUUCCUCGUCCAGCCCCCGUCGAUGAUCUGGCCCUACAAUUUGGUCACCUGCGCACUUUUCAACACCCUCCACUCCCAGCAGUACGCUGGUGUGGGUUCUCGUGGUGGUUACUCGCGUGAGAAGUUCUUCUACAUCGCAUUCGCUUGCGCCGCCGUCUGGUACAUCCUCCCUGGCUAUCUUUUCACCGCCCUCUCCUACUUCUCGUGGGUCUGCUGGAUUGUUCCCGACAACAUCGUCGUCAACCAGCUGUUCGGUGUCAACUACGGCCUUGCCAUGGGCCUCAUCACCUUCGACUGGGCCCAAAUCGCGUACAUCGGCUCGCCACUCGCCACUCCCUGGUGGGCCGAGGCCAACAUUGCUGCUGGCUUCGUGUUCUUUUUCUGGAUCCUCACCCCUGCCCUCUACUUCAGCAACACCUGGUACGCCAAAUAUAUGCCCAUCUCCACUGGAGGCUCCUUCGACAACACCGGCCACUCGUACAAUGUCUCCCGCAUUCUCACUGCCGACAAGGUCUUCGACGAGGAGAAAUACAAGGCUUACUCACCCAUCUUCCUGUCGACUACUUUCGCCAUUUCCUACGGCUUGUCAUUCGCCUCGAUUACCGCCACAAUCACCCAUGCGUUCCUCUUCUUCCGCAAGCAGAUUUGGACGCAAGCUCGUCGUGCGAUGCACGAGCAACCCGAUAUCCAUGCGCGUUUGAUGGCCGUCUAUCCUCAGGUCCCCGAGUGGUGGUACGCCAUCAUCUUCUUGACCAUGUUCGUCUUCGGUGUUGUCGCCAUUGAGGUGUGGGAUACCAAGUUCCCAGUCCAAUACUUCAUCCUCGCCCUCGUCAUCGCCUUCGUUUAUGUCAUCCCCAUCGGCAUGAUUCAGGCUAUCACCAAUCAACAGGUUGGGCUUAAUGUCAUCACUGAGCUGAUCAUUGGCUAUGCCCUCCCUGGUCGUCCCGUCGCGAUGAUGAUGUUCAAGACUUGGGGUUAUAUUACCAUGGCGCAGGCACUGACUUUCACCUCGGACUUCAAACUUGGCCACUACAUGAAGAUUCCUCCCCGCCAGAUGUUCUUGUCGCAAGUCAUCGCCACCGUCGUGGCUGGUACCGUCCAGCUCGGUGUCCAAGCUUGGAUGUUCACCAACAUCGAGGGCAUGUGCGACCGUAGUCAGAAAGACGGCUUCUGGUGCCCCUCGACUGGUGUGUUCGGUACCGCAUCUAUCAUCUGGGGUGUCAUUGGCCCUGCUCGUCAAUUCUCGCACGGCCAAAUCUACUACGCCCUGACCUUCUUCUUCCUCAUUGGCUUCCUGUGCCCCCUCAUUGCCUGGAUCUGCACACUCAAGUGGCCCAACUCAUGGCUCCGCUACCUCAACUUCCCCGUCAUCUUCUCGGGUACCGGCCUCAUUCCCCCGGCCAACUCGAACAACUACGUGCCAUGGGCCAUCGUCGGAUUCGUCUUCCAAUAUGUCAUCCGUCGUCGCCACUUUGCGUGGUGGACAAAGUACAACUACGUCUUGUCCGCUGCGCUCGACGCUGGUCUCGCUGUCUCAGCCGUGCUCAUCUUCUUCAUCCUCCAAUACCCGAAGAAUGGCACGAUCGGCGAGAACACCAUUCAAACUUGGUGGGGCAAUGUGGUGUGGCAGAACACUGCCGAUGGCGCCAAGACGCCGAUGCUCAAACUCGCCAAGGGCGAGACAUUUGGCCCGACCUCAUGGUGA